UAACACCAUGUGGUUCCUUGCCAUUCUUCUACUAGCCGGCGUGGCCAUAGUCACAGGCGCUCCUGGCCACGGGCAUGCCUGGGAAACAGGACACGAGUACGAGUACCUUGUACAAAGUCGGACAGUGACAGGCCUUGACAAGUUAAAAGAACAAUACACUGGACUUCAAAUAAAGGCUAAACUCAUCGUUCAAGUAACAUCGUCACAGACAUUACAAGUGAAGCUGUCCAAUACACAGUAUGCUCGUCUACACACCACAUUAGUGGACGGCCCGAGUACCGAACUCCCUGACCAGAUGCUGGAGUAUCAGCAGAUUCCCAAAUUGUUAGGAAAGCCAUUUGAGGUCACAACGAAGCACGGAAUGAUUCGGGAUUUAUUAGUCGAACGUGAUACUUCUAUUUGUGAAAUAAAUCUCCUCAAGAGUGUUAUGAGCCAGCUGCAGAUUGACACGCAGGGCGAAAACGCGGUAAAAAUAAAGAGCGCUCAAAUUCCGAUCGAUGAAAAUUCUACCCUUAUAUUUAGAGCUAUGGAAGAUUCUGUCUGUGGCAGGUGCGAGGUACUAUAUGAGAUCAUACCGUUGCCUCAAGAUGCUUAUCAAGAGAUGCCGGACAAGAUACCUCUUCCAAACUUACGCGGUGACGGCUAUUAUUACGACGUUAGGAAAAUGAAAAAUUACGAGAAAUGCCACCAUCGACAAAUUUAUCGUUACGGUCUAGAAGAUCCAUUGCUCCGUGAACGGGGAAAACUCUAUAAACAGGAUAAAAUCAUUUCGGAAUUAUCUACGACUCAAAUGGUUCUCUCGGGCAAUCUGAAAGAAUUCGCUAUUCAAUCUGUCGUGACGAAGCAUCAGAUAUCCGUUAAGCCCGGAAAAACUGAUCCUUUCCUUGGCAACGUCCAUGGCAUGUUGAAAUUAAUUUUAUUGAGAAAGGAUAAAAUAUCCAGUCCAAUGCUUGAUCCACAAGAAUCAACCAACCUCGUAUCAACUGGAAACCUAAUUUAUAAUACGUAUAAUACUCCAAUGUUACCAAGCGUCAGUAUAAAUUCCGAGCAAAUACAAUCAUCAGAGAAAACCAGUUCUUCUGAAAAAAAUUGGGACGACCCGAACAGCUCCUCUAGUAGCUCCAGCAGUGAGGAUCACACUUUAUAUACGAGUAAUAUUUUAUCUAAAAGAAUGGCAGUGCACAUGGCUCUGAAAAAUCCGCUAUUACCCAUAACCGUCACAGACAUGGAACAAGUCAAGGACUUAAUUCAUGAAAUAGCUGUCACAAUACAUUCUUUUAAUGACACGAAACUAAGUACAAUGGAGAAAUACGUAUUCUUAAAGAACAUCAUUUGCAUCAUGAGCCUCGAGCAGAUUAGUGAAUUAGAAGAACGCUCAUUAUAUAAUCACAAAAUUCAGGAUAAAGUUUACAGGAAUAUUGUCUGGAGCAUCAUCCGGGAUGCUGUUGUACAAACCGGAACAAGACCCUCUUUGUUGACUAUAAGAAAUUGGUUAAGGACUAAGAAAGUUGAAGGCCUAGAGGCAGCAAGAAUUAUACUUCAAAUUCCCAAGUAUGUUCAGGAACCAACAAAAGAAUAUAUCAGAACACUCUAUGAAAUGAUAACUGAUCCAUCAGUAUUGCACCAGACAGCCGUAAAUGUGACCGCACCAUUAGCAUUUGCUGAAAUACUCCGUAAAAAUCGUGUCAAUACUUACUAUCAGUCACACAGUUUGAGACGUUUGAGGAAGACUUUCAUGGAUGACAACGAGAUAAUCGGCACUUAUAUACCUCAUUUGGUUGAACAACUGAAACAAGGCUUGCUCGAAGAUGACAGUCCAAAAAUUCAAACAUAUAUCAUGGCACUUGGUAUGACCGGCAAUCCGUCGAUUAUCUCGAUCUUUGAGCCGUACAUAGAAGGCACGGAGACGGUGUCGAAGUUUCAACGUUUGCUCAUGGUAUCUUCCCUGUCCACCUUAAGCAGACACCAACCGAAAUUAGUUGGACCAAUUUUAUAUAAGCUCUACUCGAACGUACACGAAGAUCAUAAAAUACGUUGUAUGGCCAUAUAUCGGUAUAUCAUGAGCAACCCACCUUUGAUUAUGUUGCAACGCAUAGCGAAAUUUACUAAUGACGAUUUGAACGAUAACGUAAACUCUGCUGUAAAAAGUACAAUAAGGAGUCUCGCUAAUACGAAGCGACCAGAAUUGCAAGAUCUCGCUAUUAAGGCGCGCAGUGUCAGACAUCUAUUGAAUGCGAAAGAGUAUCCUACAUGGAAUUCGAAAGGCUACAACACGGACUGGGAUCUUUGGGGUAUUAGGGGAGUUAGUUUGCAAACCAUUGGUGACGAUUUUAUAAUGCCCGCAUUUUUGCACGUUGCUGUGAAUACUGUUUUAGAUUUCUAUGAAUUACCUACCGUGGAAACAGAAUAUGCGGUAUCGAAUAUCAAGCAGCUUAUGAAAUACUGGGAUUGGAACACUAAAACCUAUAGGGAGAACGAAGAAACAAGUCAAGAAUUAUUGAAAAAAUCACGCAUUGAGGAGAUUAUGCAAAUGCUUCAACUCAAGUCCAGCCAUCUGGAUAGGUUGGAAGGACAUGUCUUUAUCAGCACAAUGUACGGUCUUCUAUUCUAUCCCUUUGACAGUGGAACUCUUCAAAAGCUUUCCUCUCACUUGAGGGAUUCCCUCAUGAAGAACCAUCAAUUGGAUUCACUUCUCUUCAAUAAUCACGAAACGAUAUUAAGCUUCCCAAUUGAAAGUGGCCUACCGUUCCUUUAUACUUUGGAAUCGCCAAUGAUUUUAAAACUUAAAGCUGAAAUAAGAAAUGACGAACCUUUGAUUAUAAAAAGAACUGGUAUUUUGGAUAUAUAUGUUGCCAAUAAGGUUCAGAAGCAGUUUGGUUUUGUAGCACCUUUCGAGAAUCAAAGUUACAUUGCUGGUGUUCAUGUCAAUCGAAUGUUGCGAUUACCAUUAGAAUAUGAAGUCAAAUUCGAUUCAAUCAAACGAAAGCUUGAUAUUGGUGGAUUAAAGAUUCACCUACAAACUGGAACUUCGCCAAUUACUGUAUUGCAUCUCAGCACUGUUCCCUUCACCACGCGACGAGACCUUCUUGAUCUUCAACCUCUAUCUCUUAGUAGAAACACGCAUCUUGUACUAACAGAAAAAAAACAUAAAACCAUAUUAGAGAAAGAUUUAAUUUCUAUCCGAGUAGAAACUGAUAGCAAAGAAGAAGAAGGACAUCUAGAAGAUAAUGAUAUUUUACAGCUCUUGUUACAAUUACAAGCGAUGCCUGACGGUCAUUAUAAAAGAUUGGAUUUGUUAAUGAAUCCUGAACAAUUAACAAAGAGUGUAUUACACAUGAAUGUUAUUCAUGAGAAAUUGACAGUUGACAAUAAACGACAAUUACUUGAACCAGAGUCACAAAUUAUGUUUUCUUUAAAACAUGUGAAGCCAAACAGUGAAAAGAGACGAAAAGAGAUUAUGACAGGCCUCAGCGAAAGCUUCAAGUCGGGUGAUGUCCAUAUAUUGGAUGUAAAUCUCGAUUUACCAGCAUUAGAAAGGCAACAAGUUCUCACCGUUGGUUGGGUGGACAGCAACGUAGAUAAGAAGUCUAAGCUUUAUUUAUAUUGGAAUUCUCAAAUGUCGAUGAAGGAAAAACCAACACUUGAAGUUUGCUAUACGCAUGAAAUACAAAAUUCACUAGAUACUCCUCUAAAUUUCAAACAUAUGAUGAAAAACGCACCAGAAGAUAAGACCAGAGCUGAACUGCAAUAUGGAGAGAGUUGCAGCAGAGGAAACAAAAUUGUCGUCAACUCGAGCCUGUCGCGAAGUGGCCGAGUAAAGGAUUUGUUAGAGAACUCCAAAGUAGUCAAACAAUGUUUGGAAGAAAUUGAGAAGGGAUACAAUGCACUGCGGGCUUGCCAGCAGGCCACUGAACUUGCCCGAGUGAAGAAUCAGUUGGAUGUUUCAGUUAGAGGUUUAGUAAUUGACUAUAUUCAAGAAAUUAUUUCCAAGAUUUCCGACUUUUUGUCGCAUCUCUUCCCUCUCUCACAUAUGAAAGUAACAAGCUGGAAAGACUCUGAUAGAAACGCCUUCGAUAUAAAAAUGACUUCGACACCCAUGGAUAUAAUUCUGCCGGUUGCCUACCUAGAUUCCUCGCAAAUGGAUAUUACUUUCCCUAACGUGGGACAAACAAAUUCCGAAAUGCAAGAGCUAUUAAAAGAAAAUACCAUGUUCCGAAAAGAAACAAAAAGAGCUUCGUGUACUAUUGAUAAAAACAUGGUUCUUACUUUUGAUAAGCUGCUUUAUCCUGUGACAAUGGGAACUUGUAAACACGUUCUAAUGACCACUUAUCCACAAAGGGAUCCUGAUACUCGAAGAAAUAUAACACAUACAAAAGUACUUGCUUUAAUUGAUGAGGAUACCAUUGGUACCAAGACCAUCUUUCUAUUGGUGAACGAUCACGAUGUGCGAUUGAAGAAAGUAGGCGAUGAUCUUAAAGUUGAAGUCGACGAAAUUCCCAUCCAAUUAUCGCGGUCUAAAAGUUAUGAACUACGUGACGAAGGUAAUGAAAUAAUUUUCGAAAUCGAUGAGCUACCCGACGGUUCGGUCGAAGUGAUGUCGGGCAAAUCUGAUGUCAAAAUAGUGUUCGACGGAGAACGUGUUCAAAUAUUGGUAACCGAUAAAUAUCGCAAUGCUCUACGCGGUCUCUGUGGCAACUACGACUCCGAUCCCAACACCGAUUUCCUCACUCCUCAGAACUGUCUCAUUAAGAUGCCCGAAGUAUUUACCGCUACAUACGCCUUGACUGAGAAGGGUUGCCAUCAGAAAGACAUUCUGGAGAACAAGCAAAAAGCCAAACUAACCCAGUGCCAAGAGUUGCCAAAAUUUUAUCGGAACAACGUUAUUAACGAUAUAGAAGCGGGAAGAUUGCCGACACAUGGUGAACUUUGGGGCUAUCAUAACAAUAAUCUUAUGAAAAAAUAUAACUUCAAUCGCGAUAGUAAAAAAUACGAUCUCGAGAGAAAGGAUUUAUCAGACGAUAGCAACCUUACCUAUCGUACAAAAGUUAUUCUAGAGGACGAAGAGAUCUGUUUCACGACCAAACCUAUACCAGUGUGUCGUGAGAGUACCAGGUCUUUAGAAAGAAAGAUGAAGAAGUAUGACCUCUAUUGCCAACCAAGAAACGAGGAAUCUCUAUUAAUGAAACGCAGGAUCGAGCAAGGCGCUAAUCCAGAUUUUACCCGCAAGCCUUUCAGUAGGUUGCAUACUUUCCAUGUUCCUGUCCUUUGCACCGCAUAAUCUGGCAAUAC